UGUCAGUCAGUCAGCCGGGCCAGAGGGGAGAAAGAAAGAAAUACACUUUGAACCAAAGGUUGUCCAGAAGCUGUCGGGAGAGAGGGAAUUAAAGGGCCAUCAGCAGCUGCCAUGAGGUCGGGCAGCGCGGGGGUCCGGGCCCGGAGGGCCGCGGAGCCGACUGAACCGGAGCAGGAGGAAACCACCGAGCCAGCUCACCGCGAGCAAUCCCAGACGGAGAGCCGUGAGCAUUCCCAGACGGAGAGCCGUGAGCAUUCCCAGACGGAGAGCCGUGAGCAUUCCCAGACGGAGAGCCGUGAGCAUUCCCAGACGGAGAACCGUGAGCAUUCCCAGACGGAGAGCCGUGAGCAUUCCCAGACGGAGAGCCGUGAGCAUUCCCAGACGGAGAGCCGUGAGCAUUCCCAGACGGAGCACCACCCCGGACACGACUACAAACACAUCAAGGAGAAGUUCAUGAAUGAACUUGGGCAUCUGCCGAUUCCCGCGUGGGCAGUGGCCGCCAUUGUCGUGGUGGUCCUGGUUUUGGUGGCAUGCUUCGUCUUCUGUCUUUUCAAGAAAUGCUUCGGGAAAAAGAAAAAGCCAAAGAAAGUGAGGGAGCGGAAGACCGGUCGCCGCAAGAAGGAAAAGGACGGUGAAGGAGAUGCUGGAGAGAAGGACGGAGAGGUGAAGAAGGAAGGAGAGCAAGAAGAGAAAGAACAGGAAAAGUUGGGGCGGCUGGAGUUCUCGUUGGACUACAGCUUCACAGAUGCCCAGCUCAUCGUGGGCAUCCUUCAGGCUCAGGACCUUGCUGCUAUGGACAUGGGGGGGACCUCAGACCCCUACGUCAAGGUCUUUUUGUUGCCGGACAAAAAGAAGAAGUACGAGACCAAAGUUCAGCGCAAGAAUUUAUGUCCCGUUUUCAACGAGACUUUCAUCUUCAAGAUCCCAUAUGCAGAGUUGGGCGGAAAGACUUUAAUGCUGCAAGUUUUUGACUUUGACCGAUUCUCCAAGCAUGACAUCAUCGGCGAGAUAAAGAUUCCCAUGAACAGCGUUGAUUUGGGCCAGCCGUUGCAACAAUGGAGAGAUGUGGAGAGUGGAGAAAAGGAGGAGCAAGAUAAACUGGGCGAUGUCUGCAUUUCUUUACGAUAUGUUCCCACUGCUGGAAAACUGACAGUGAACAUCAUGGAGGCAAAGAAUCUGAAGAAAAUGGAUGUUGGUGGAUUAUCAGAUCCGUACGUGAAGAUUGUUCUGCAGCAAAAUGGGAAACGGAUUAAGAAGAAAAAGACGACCGUGAAGAAAAACACGCUCAACCCUUACUUCAAUGAGAGCUUCAGUUUUGAAGUCCCUUUUGAGCAGAUACAGAAAGUGCAGGUGGUCAUCACAGUGUUUGACUAUGACAAACUGGGGAGCAAUGACCCCAUCGGAAAGACCUUCAUGGGUUAUGGAGCUACAGGAGUUGGCCUGCGCCAUUGGUCAGAAAUGUUAGCCAAUCCCAGACGUCCAGUCGCCCAGUGGCACGUUCUGAUGCACGAGGAAGAAGUCGACGCGGCGCUCAAAGCAAAACCUCGUUAGAGUCGGACCUCGUUUGGAUAUCGAAUAAUGACGAUAUCAUACUUAUUCUCAUAUCGUCCGGUGUGUUCUCAAGUUCUGUUCUCCAUCUUGUUUCUUUUAAGAUACUUUAAUGUGUGUGUGUGUGUGUGUGUGUGUGUGUGUGUGUGUGUGUGUGUGUGUGUGUCUGUCUGUGUGUCUACAGUCAACAUUCGGUUGUUACUAAGCUCCCCCUGUUUACCUUAUUAUACUGUAAACCAUUAUGACUUUGUAUUUGUAUAUUUGUAUUACCUGUAUAUGUGAAUGUGCAUCUUGUGUGUAUGCUCAUGCAUGGGCUUAUUAAAAUGUGGAUGCCAAAAGGAGGCGUUCAGGUUCACUCUGUUCUUAAGACUGGCAGAGCUAACAAGCCCAGAAGGCUUGUUGUAAUGAUUUGGAUAUUGCAAAUUAAAAUAACCCCAUAAUGGA